UCUUUGAAAAUUUAAUCAAUUGAAUUGUUAAUUGAAUUCCAUUUGAUAACGAAGUUUAUUAUAAAAAUUGUUAAUUUAAAGGUCAUUAGACCAAAAGUUUCAAUAAUAAAACAAGAAGGAGGUGAAAAUUGACAUCAUCUCUUCAAUUUUCUUCAUUUUUCACAGUAUGUUCUCUACCUAGAACCUAGAUUCAUGCCAAUUCAAGUUCUAAAUCUAACAAUAGGAGAAAAUAGGUUUCUGAACAUGUCAACAAAGAACAAUUUUUCAUUCUGCGGAAAUUGGCAUUUUCCACGGUUUUCCCAAAAUUGAAAACUCUGAGAAAACCUUCAUUGAAAAUGGGUGAAUGCUCUCAUCUCUGCAGAGAUGACUGAAACUCACCGGCCGCAACUAUAUUUGCAUGCGUUAAACAUGCGACUCUUUUAGAAAAUACGGAUCGUCCCACCGCUAGAGGUGUCAACGAACAUCGAGCCUGUUCAUUAUUGUUUCUUGACGUUUGUAGAUUUUUGCAUUGCCUACAAACGAACGAACGAACAAAAUUUGACUUUUUUUUUCUCGAACAGUUCAUGUUUGUUGACAUCUUUACCCACCGCGCACGGCUAGAAUCUCAACGCAAACAACACUUGUAUAUGAUCGUGCGCUGAGUCAUCUCUGAAUGAGUGUGUUCGAAAAAACUUUAUCACAUUUUUUAUUUGGGCUUGUCAGCUGAAAUUUCGAAACCCUUUUUAUCCAUCAGGGAUCUUUAUUAGUAGCUUUCAGUACAGAUAUUUCCUUUUUUCAAUAAAUAAAGAAUGAAGAUUGAAAAAAUUUAAUGCAAGUUCUCAAGUAAGUCAUUAUUUCAUGUUUCGGUUCUGUCUCAGACUUACAGCACAACGAUAAAUGUAUAUUUUUAGCUCAUCGUAAAUUCAUGAAAUUGAGUUUUAUCAUCGAAUUACCGCAUUUAGCGUUGAGCUUUGCGCAUUGAGCGAUAGCACUUUUCGCGUUGGCCGUUACGUAAACAAACAUUUAAAACAAAUGAUAAUAAAAUGAAAUGAAAUAAUUUGGCGACGUUAUUCUAUGUGGAAUCAUCCAAUGUCAUUUAAUGGACGUGGAUGUAUGGAUUCAGUAUGGCAUCAAUAGCAAAAAAACAAUUUACAAAAUUCUUUCAGACCGAUUUCAUUUUUAAAUCUAUUUCACAUAGACUGAUACACAUUGAAUUAUCAUAAAAACAUCAGUGAAAAUCAAUCUUCAUUAAGCCAAACAAUGAUCCAAACACAUUCAAAGCCAAUUCGGUCGAACUAAUUUUAGAGUCAAAUAAAUUGACAUAUCAAAAAAAAUCGUUAGUCAUUUUAUUGUUGUUGCAAAUUCAUCGAAUGAAAACAAAACAACUGUGAAUUGUUUAGUUAUUAUUUCGUUUUCUAAUCUUAUCUACAUUUUGAUAAAAAUGCCUGUUGUGUGUAUGAUUGUGUUGCUUGUGAAUACAGUUCUCCGCUUUGUACACAUUCUUAUCGCAAGGGAAGUCGUGGUUAUUGUUCCACUAUAUCGUGCACAAUGCGUCAUUUUUGCACGACAUAUGAAAUAUCAACACCAACAUUAAAUGUGUUAUCAAAUUAACACGCGCUACUAAUUUUUUUCUCUUGCUCUAAUCCAAUUCAAAUUUGAUUUAGUUAUGCAUCAAGUGACCGCCCGUGACUUUGUCAUCAUGCGUUUCAGUGGAAUGCUGUUGAUUUUCAGUAUUUUAGCGAUAGUGACGGGUCCACUUCAUGGCAAAGUUGUUAUGUGCCCAUUUUUCGCAACAUCCCUACUCGGCACGGGAAGUGAAUUCAAUAUUGAAACAGCCGAUUUCAACUUGUGCACACAUGCCAUUUGCUCGAUAACUUGGAAUAGAUUACAAGAUCCGUGGUCAAAACAAUAUGGAGAUAAAUUCGAUCGGACGUUUGUGAAUUUGCGACGACAAUUCCCGCAUUUGAAAAUUAUUUUGGGAGUUUACAAUCUUCCAAGCGGCGAAGAAAUCAAUUCCAUGUACCAGACGCUAUUUGUUCAAACGGUUGCCGAUUUCAUUCGACGUUUCAAAUUCAACGGUUUAGAUGUAAAUUGGGAUUAUAAGAAGCAAAGUGAACACUUACCGGAAGUUCAAAGUCAAAUCAAAGAGAAUGUUUUGCAUUUGGCCCAAAGUUUAAGAAAAGAAUUGCAUGGCAUUUCAUUGGUAUUUUCAUUCAUUGCCACAGAAAAAGUUCUGCUUGAAGCUCACGACUAUAAAGCCUUAUCCGAGCACCUUGAUUAUAUGGAUUUUAUGGUAGUCGACGAUUUCGACGCAUUUCAGAACAAAUUCACCAUAAGCGAUAUUCUGAAAGCAAAAGGCAUUUCGCACUUGGAGCACACAUUUGAUGAUAUUGUAAAAUUGGGUGUGUCACCGGCAAAAAUGUUGAUGGGGCUGCCUUUCGGUGGUACUGAAUUUAAGAAUCUCGAAGAUACCACGAAUAUAUUUGAGCUGGUAGACAGCGAUUUGAGCUACAAUGGAUUUUGUCAUUUGUUAUUCAGCGACAUGCAAUCACGAUGGAAUAGAUUUUAUGACAUCGAAAGCAGUUUGGCGAUGUCAAAAAUGGAAAAUAAAGGAACGGGAGAAAUCCGUGUUAUAGUAUUCGAUAGUAGCCGUUCAGUGGCGAACAAGAUAAGCUUGGCAGUGCAGAAGAAUCUAGCUGGCAUCAAGACUAGCCUAAUUAAUACGGAUGAUGCAAGCGGAUCAUGUGCAUUAGACCAAGAUACAUUCGACGAUUUUCCAUUUCAACUUAUCAAUAUGACCGCAUUGAAGAGACACGAUGCCACAUUUCCUCUUUUGAAGACGAUCAACGAGGUGAUCACCAUGACUACGCCGAUAAUACCCGAUGAAACAAUUUCUGCUUAUACCUCGGAAAGUAGUACACUCUAUGUGAUUAUUGUGAUUUUCGUAAUUUUUAUUCUUAUUAUUUUAGGCUUAGUGGCAGUUGCUAGAAAAUUCUGCUAAUAAAUGUUUUUUUAACCAAGAAA